UAUGUCUUGACAAAAGCAAAUAAGAAUCAGUGAUCUGUGGAGAACCAAGAAAAACUCGUUCAUGAAGGAUUUUUGCAAAGUUAUUUUCUGAACGGAAGAACUUUGUGAUUCUCAUAGUUAUUUCAUAGUUCCAUUUCUGAAACCACAUUCAGAAAGUGAAAGUAACGUUUAUAUUGCUGGAGCUCAAACAGUGAAAAUGGCUUCACUGUCUGAAGAUGAUUUUUCUUGUCCUGUGUGUCAUGAAAUCUUCAAGGAUCCCGUUCUUCUGUCAUGUAGUCACAGUUUCUGUAAAGAGUGUCUUCAACAGUUCUGGAGGACCAGGGAAACUCAGGACUGUCCUGUCUGCAGGAGAGUGUCAAGACACAAGCCUCCACUUAAUCUUGCAUUAAAAAACUUGUGUGAGUCGUUCCUGAAGGAGAGAAAUGAGAAGCGUUCAUCAGGAUCUGAGGAGAUCUGCAGUUUACACAGUGAGAAACUCAAACUUUUCUGUCUGGAGGACAAACAGACUGUGUGUUUAGUAUGCAGAGAUUCACAACAGCACGAAAAUCACACAUUCAGACCCAUCGGUGAAGUUGUUCCAUCAUACAAGGAGGAGCUCAAUACAGCACUGAAGUCCUUACAAGAGAAACUGAAACACAAUAAAAACAUUAAAGGAGAGUUUGGGAAAACAGUUCAACACAUCAAGUCUCAAGCUGAGCACACAGAGCGUCAGAUUAAACAGCAGUUUGAGAAGCUUCAUCAGUUUCUCAGAGAUGAAGAAGAAGCUACAAUCACUGCACUGAGGGAGGAAGAGGAGCAGAAGAAGAAGAUGAUGAAGAAGAAGCUGGAGGAGAUGAACAGACACAUCUCAGCUCUUUCACACACAAUCAAAGACAUGGAGGAGAUGAAGAAAGACAAUGACGUCUGCUUUCUGAAGAAGUUUCCAGUCUCAAAGGAAAGAGUCCAGAUCUCACAGCCGGAUCCACAGAUGGCUUCUGGAGCUUUGAUUCAUGUGCCACGUUACUUGGGCAACCUGCAGUUCAGAGUCUGGAAGAAGAUGUAUGACAUUGUCCAAUAUACUCCUGUGAUCCUGGAUCCAAACACUGCAAAUCCAUUUCUUGUCCUCUCAGAUGAUCUGACCAGUCUGAGAUACAGCUGGGACGAACAGUCACUUCCUGAUAAUCCAGAGAGAUUUAACAAUUAUUACUGUGUUUUGGGUUCAGAGGGAUUUAACUCAGGAACACACUGCUGGGAUGUGGAGGUUAAAAAGAGUUUAGACUGGAGUCUUGGAGUAACUACAGCAACAAACCAGAGGAAGGGACGUGAUUUCUUUAACUCUGAUGUCUGGAGUGUGCGGUAUGACCCAUACAGAUUGCUUGGGUCUGGUUUUCGUGUUAAACAGAAGCUUGAUUGUGUGAGAGUUGAUCUGGACUAUUACAGAGGAACGGUGUCAUUCUCUGAUCCUGUAACUAACACACAUCUACACACAUUCACAACCACCUUCACUGACACACUCUUUCCUUUCUUCUGUAAUCUUGAUGAAAUUAACUGCCUAAGGAUUUUACCAGUUAAAAUGUAACAACAGAAAAUCACAGAAACAUCAUCUGAUCCUGCCAGUGAAUAAUUUUAAAUUUAUAUGUAACUAGCCAUCUUACAUAGUCUGAAUUUUGUCAAAUGUAACUCAACAUAUUCUGCAAAAUCCCCAUUGAACAAAUAAGAUUCACGACCAAAAAACAAAAAUUAUUUUGCCCUUUUGUACAUUACACGCUCUCUGAGUCCAGACUGAAGACCCUUAUCUAAUUUCUCAUAAUCAAGCUCUUUCUUCCCUUUCCAUGAAUCAACAUGAUUCUGAUUUUCUCAGUGGUCCAUGAACUCCUGUUCAGAUUCGGAGUCUCACAACAUUAGAUCAUUUGUUAUGUAGAUCUGUUUGUCAGAUAUUCAGUCUUUGUUGUUCUGACUCAAAGAGAAGUCUCUCCUACAUGAGUGACUGGUGUCGUUCAGAUCCCGGUCUUGUUUAUCAGGGGUUUUGAGUUUAAUCAGUUUCUGCUGUAUGUAUGAUAUCUGACUAAUGGAGUGAAAAUGACUCUUGGUUUGGAUUGAAUCCACAAGAUAUUAUGCACUGACAUGGAUAAAUAUGAUUCCUCUUAGUCUUAAUUAUGAAUUCUCUGAAAAAAGCUCUGGAGAUGUUCAUAUGAGGGGUCUCACAUAAUAGUACACUGUGCUCACUUUUACAGUGUCUUGGUCUUUGAAUUUAUUGUAUCUUUUCAACAAUAUUUAUAGUGUAUUUUGUGAAGUGUUUUUAAUAAGAAGAUUCAUGUAUUAAGAGUGAUGACAUUGUAAAUCAUAUACAGUAUUAAAGAUUAUUUCAAUGAUGAACCCAAUGAAUGCUCACUGGUUAAGUAAAGUUGUAAACAAGUUGUAGGAGAGUUUUGAAUGUGACUGCUAGAUGAGCAGCUGGCAACAAUAAAGUCUUUUCUUUUGACACCUGGAACUCCUGAGUAGAUAAGUUU